CUUCCGCUGGUCACGGGUCCGGGGGUUGGUAAAGCGCUGGUGGGCUGCCGCGGGGCGUCCACGCAGAUGCUGACUGGACCUUGGGGUCGCGGAGGUGCGGGCGUUCCUCUGCGGCUGACGUUCCCAGUGUCUUCUGCUGCACCCGGGAACUCGGGAACAGUGGCCGGGAAGCAUGAGGCACCGGGAGAGACAGUCACAAAGUUAGCAUCGUUCUAGAGGAGCUCGGGUAAGAAAACAGAUGUCGCCGUGAAGUGCACUGUCCAGCAGCAUGACAUGCGGGGUGGAGUACGGGAGGCAGAUCUCAGCCCUUUGUUCAGUUGGUAACGGAAAAGCCCAGGGACUGGCUUCAGUUGUGUGUGCUUUUGUAAAUGGUCCAUAGCUUCCAUCACACCGUCGAUGUUACCCCCAAACAAAGUAAGAAUCGUCACUUGGACUGUUGGCAGAAACCAGUUUCGAUCUGCACGACUUCCUUCUGUAUGAAAUAGAAGGAAGAUAAGUGAUACUCAGCCCAGAAUGGAAGUGUGUCCUUAUUGCAAGAAGCCAUUUAAACGAUUAAAAUCCCACUUGCCACACUGUAAGAUGAUAGGGUCAACCAUACCUACUGAUCAAGGAGUUAAUCAGUCCAAGCCAGCUACACCUCUACAUGCUAAAAAAGUGAAGAGGCUGACCAAAGACUUAAUUAAAGUUAAAGGGGGAGAACUAGAGACAGAGAGUGAAGAAAGAGAUACCAAAUUGGUAAGCAAGAAACUAGGACAGACAGUUGAAUCCUUUCCACUACUGGCAAAAGCAGGUAAAGACAUCAAUGAUAAAAACCACCUCUCCUUCAAAAUGUUAAAACACACUGAACCAAAGACUCCCUUCCAGGGAGGAACUAAAGCUUCUUAUGUGUUGGAUAACAUCUCUCCUAAAAGAGAACUUGCCAAAGAUUUGCCUAAAUCAGAGGAAAGGAGAUGUAAUCCUUCAGAAACAGAAGCAUCUUUACUGGCUGACUCAACGGAACCUUCUUUGUUGAAUCAAGAUAGAAAAUAUAUCUCAGCCACAUCUAAUGAUGUACAAGCCACUUCUGUGAGUCUGAAAUUGGACACAAUUGAUCCCCAAAGACAGAGGCUCCUAAUAAAAUUAGUAAGUGUGCCUUCUAGUGAUUAUCAUCGUCCAGAGAAUCUCAGCAAUGGAGUUCAAAGAAUAAGAGCAUCAGUGUUGAGCAAGGAGAGUGAUUCUGCAGGAAGAGGUUACCUCCCAGGGGUCUCUACUGAUGUUAAAAACACUGAGGCUCAGGAAAAGAACUCAGAAUCACUCAUUUUAGGCCUUCACACUAACCCACUAGAUAAAAUGCAAGUUAAGAACCAAGAAAAACAAUUUGACCUUGGAGUAGAGGUAUGUGGGAGCAAAGGAAGUGCUGAGAAAAGUGUGUCUGCAACAGAAAUGCAGGAAUGGACUUCUGUGAGCCGUGGCUGUGAGAGCUUCACUGGCAAUUCAGCCGCAGACGGUAAAGCACAAGAUGAAGACCCACUUACAAAUUUGGUCACACCACAGGAGGCAACUUAUGAUAUGUUUCUUCCUUUGUCACAAUCACAGGCUCAGAGUCUUGCCUCUCUGGCUGUAAAAUCUCUUCAAGAAGAGAAAGCACAAUUCUGCAGUCAUAAUCAAAGCUCUGGUGUAAAGUUAUUACUAGAAGGGAAGGAAGAAGCUUCUGUGGAGCCCCAACCUGCCUGUCAACCUCAAGCAUUGCUGCCUGGGUGCCAGCGAUCUUCAUGUUCUACCCAGGAUCACAUUUCUCAAAGCGCCCUCAUCAAUCAUGUUGCUGCUGACAGGAAGACCCCUUCCAGCUCCAUGGGGCUGGAGUGGUUUCCAGAGCUCUAUCCUGGUUAUGUUGGACUAGGGGUGUUACAGAGGAAGCCUCAGUAUUGGAACUCAGUGGCCCAGAAGCCUUGGCGUACCAGCUCCCCAUGGGGAGGUCUGUCAAAAGUUCCUUUGUUGGAAAGAAGUUCGACUGAUGUAAGGAGUUUGGAGCCUCUGACUGGGCCUGCAGCCUCCACCUACCCUCUAAUGAGGCUCUUGGGAGUGAUGCAUAAAGGCUGGAUCAGGUGCAACACCACCAUAAAAAAGAGUGGAGUUGGUGGCAUCACAAUGCUGUUCACAGGAUGCUUCAUCGUCUGUUGUAGCUGGAGUUUCAGGCAUCUGAGGCAGCGCCUUGAAAUUCUGACCCAGUCCUCCAGCAGCGUGCGCAGAGAUUCCUCCUGAGACUCCAGACCACCCUCCCAUCCACCCUGCAGAAGAGUUCCACCGUCCCCAGACUGCUCUGGACUCAACAGGACCAGCACUGAAGGUUGUGCUUCUGCAGGUUGGAAAUAUGGCCCCACUGAGCCCCCAGGUGAAACUCAUGCGGUCUGUGUGAGGCAGAUGAAUGAACUCUGAGCUGCCUGCCUUCACUAAUCUUGAGUAAUAGCUGAAAUGCUGAGUUUAUAGGGAAGCCACAUUUUUUUUCUAAAAACUUUAAAAUAUUGAGCUAUUAAAAAUAAUGUUGAGCUGGGUGUGUGGCUCAGUGUUAGAGCACUUGCCUAGCAUACAUUAGGCCAAAAAGUUUUUUAAGAACAUUGCUUGAUUUUUGGAGCUGGGUGUAGUGGCUCACAUCUGUAAUCCCAGCACUUGAAAGACCGAGGCAGGAGGAUUGUGAGCUCUAGGCCACAAAGCAAGAUCCUGUCUCAAAAAAAAUCAUGUUAGGGGUUGGGGUGUUACUCAGUAGUGGGGCAUAUGCUUAACAUGCACGAGGCCUGCCUGCUUUUCCAUCUCUCGUGCCACAAAAGUAAGUCAAUAAAGUAAUCUGGAUUAUCUAUAGGCUGUUCUACACCAUGAAAAACCCACAUCU